CCGGUUGUGAAAUCUUUUUAUUUUUGGGUGCUGUAUCACAAAACUGUAAAUCCUCUUGGUUUGUCGUAUUCAUUAGUUGCAGACUCAGUCACGUACACAAUCUAUUAUCAUACGAAAUGCAUUCAUACUUUAUUUUGCGUUUCAAGGAUAUAUGUCCAAAGUUCAUAAUUUAUCGCAGUUGCACUUGGUAUGAACGGAACGCAACUUAUUUCAGUGACAGCUGUCAUUUGUCAAAAACUGUGAAUUGGAACCGCCCGUCGUCAGAUUUUACGAAAAAAUCUCGAUUUAUUCACAAUUUUUCCGCUAAAAUGGCUAGUGCACCACCCGAAAAGUCUGCCUGUGUUUUCUGCAAUAUAGUUAACAAAUUAGAUGACACGGAACUCCUAUUUGAAGAUGACCAAGUCUGUGUUUUUAGAGAUAUAAAACCUGCGAGCAAAUUUCACGUUUUAACUGUGCCUAAAAGGCAUAUAGAAGACUGCAAAAGCCUUGUUUCGUCAGAUAAAGAACUAGUUCAACACAUGCUGACGGUAGCCCAAGAUAUACUUCAAAAGAACAACCUGUCUCUCCAAGACGCACGCCUCGGCUACCACUGGCCACCGUUCCGGAGCGUCAAACACUUGCAUCUGCACUCUAUUGCUCCGGAGAGCGAUAUGGGAUUCAUCGGACGAUUGAUAUUCAGGAAAAACUCGUACUGGUUUGUCUCUCCUGAAUACGUCGAGUCGAGGCUAUGAUGACUUCACAACGCUUGGGACAGCUCAAAGUUAUUAUUUAAGCACUUUUCCAUCGUUCAAUAAUUUAUUUAGUACAAAUUUUAUUCCUCUUUAGGACAACGUUCUUUCUUAGAUCUUUCAAAAAUAAUAAUAAGGUGUAAUUAGCCUAGGCGCAUACUAUCCGUUCGCGAUAAGUUUGCCGCUGGCGAUAUGACGUCACUCGAAGGAAAGCGUCUAUAACUUUAGCAAACUAUAUUGAAAAUAUUUGUAUUUUUUUUUUUAUGUGAUAGGAGGCAAACGAGCAGACGGAUCACCUGAUGGUAAGUGAUUACCGUCGUCGCCCAUAGACACCCGCAGACCCAGGGGCGUUACAGGGUAACUUAACUUUUUGUAUUUAUUAAUAUUGAUAAAAAUUGUGUAUUUGCAUAAAAUAAAACAGUCAAUUGCGUUUAAUCACUAAUUAUUUGCGUUUAUUCGCGGUUGGAGGAGGGAACGCGCAUUCCACGGACCGGCAAACUUAGCGCGAACGGGUAGUACCACUGAUUUUAGUCGGCCGAUAGAUGGGCCCGAUUCUAAUUUGUAUGUUAGAAGAAUGAGAGCUUUGUAUUUGCCUUCACCAGUUGGCGCCACUGUAAGAGUAAGGUCCUGACACUCGCUAACGCCCGUAUUUACAAACAUUACUAUGAGGUCUCACAGUGCGCGUGGACGCACAGGCACACCAACCAAUCACAGAGCGCUAUUCACCGCUGCGCGUUCGAUUUGCAGCUUCACUUAUGUAAGCAUAGUUUGUGAAUAUGGGUGACGGAGCUCUAUUCAACGCUGUGCGUUCGAUUUGCAGCUUCACUUAAGUAAGCAUCGUUUGUGAAUACGAGUGUUCGACAGUGGUGCCAACUGUUAAGAAUACAAACGAAUAGCCCAUUGCUAUGAAUUUGCUUUCAACGAAUUAUUGUUACUAAAUAAUCAUUGGGAUCAUAAUGUGCUAUUAUAGUUAGGUAUUUAUUUGUAUAUUUUGUAUUUUACGUGUAUAUUCGGAUACUUAUUUAAUUCGUUGUUUGACGCCAUAAUAAAGACAAUUUACAUCA